UAGGUUGUGUCAAAACUAUUUUAAAAACCAUGAAAUGAGACAUUGUUUCUAAAAAAAAACUUAUGUUUCUUUUUUAACCAUUUUGGCAAUCAAAAUUCGCUAUCUAAAUUCGAAGUUCCUUAACACUAAACUUCAAGAGCGUGACCAUGACCAAUCGACUGGCCUUGCACCACAUCCUGACCACCCAGCUGCGGAAGGACUGGGAGCAGGAGGACUUUUCCAAGUCCCGGCUGUCGCAGGUGGCCAGGAGGGACAGGAUCAAGGCCUCGCUGAGAUCGACCCAGAUGCCGGCACGCCACCUGAUGCCCGACACCCGGAAGACCUACGACAAUAUGGUGGCCAACAUUCACUCGACCAUGAAGUCGGUUCGAUCACCUCGAAGACCUCGGCCAACGGUGCCGUUGCCCGUAGCGGGGACUCCGACUCCAACUCCAGGAGUGGCCCCACCAUUGCCAUCGAAGGUAGCGUUCAAGCGCCCCAAACGCAACAAGUCGGGACGCAUCAAGGGCGGUGGCAACUCCUCGAAGGCGAGCAGUGCCCAUGGGAUGGCCACCAAAACCAAUGAAAAGGCACUGCCGGCUAUCAAGGCCCUUGUGAACCACCAGGUCGCCAGGAGGGGCUCGAAGGGUUUCGACCGGCACCACCGCAUUCGCGAGGUCAUGCAACAGAAGACCGUGCUGGAGACCAUGCUGCUGCAGCACAAGAAGCUGCAGAAGGAUCGGCGGACCAUAGCCCUGGAUAUCCAGCGGAUGCGCGCUGACCUGGACAGGAUUCGCAACAAGUUGGACACUUCCCUGCAGAGCCUGAACUCCACGCGCACCCUCUUCAGUGCCAACCAGAAGACCAUGCAACAGAAGGCCAAUCCCCAGAGCACGGUUGUCCAGCAGAAGGCGCCCCACAGCGCGGUGAUCCCGGUGCGCCGCCGCUCCAGUGGAAAACGAAAGGUCAGGACCAACGCUGUUCCGAUGAACCGGCAGAGCACGCUGGCCAACAAGGCACCCAUCCUCAAGCGUCGGGUGCGUUAGGCGCCAAGUGAAAAGGAGCAACAUAUACAUAUAUUAAAUAUCACUUAAAUUAUUAAAGAAAAUAUAGCAAACAUUUCCACCUUCA